AUGGCGGACAAUGAAUACGAAGAACGGCGCCAUCCGCUCCUGAAGCCACGGAGACGCCUGCCAUCUGCAAAGGAAUGCUUCGGAUUGGCUCGUAGCGACAAGUGGGUUCAGCGCAAUAAACUACACAAGAAGCUUGGGGAGCUUAAGAGAGAACCGUCAGGAGACAAGGAGCUGAGAUCACCGAAUUCAUGGUUCACAAGGAGUCGACAGCCGCGCGCUGUGCAUUGGCUCGAUGAGGAAGAUGUAAUCCCUUCGCUUAAGUCGCCUGUGGUGCAGCAAGAUAUCGAAGACGAGGAUGAUGAUGAUAGCUUUGAAGAACCAUUUACGACGAGACCGCGAGAUUGCAAGCCAACCUAUGGCACGGAUUCUCUGACGUCGCCGGUCAAAGGGCUUUGGAGCCGGCAUAGCAGAUCGAAGGGCUCGGAUUCAGCCCACUUGCUAGGCUCUUCGAAGUCGUCAACUCGCGGACGAUGGGAGCCUGACAGACCACUGCUCCCGGAAGCCCUCCUUGAGAAAGUUUCUGCCAAGCGGAGCAAGAUGGCACCGACUCCACUUACCAAUAGACUACACAUCUCUUGGUCCACGUUUCUUCGGAUAGCCGUCCUCUUUUCUGUCUUCGUCUAUGGAAUACUCAGCAUCAAUCAGUGGCUUUCGCGAAAUGUUUGGAACGUGCAAACUGAAAUUGAAGGAGAGACUCUUGGAAUUCCUGUCGAUCCUCUAGGACUGAAGAUGUACAACGACUAUGUGAAGGAUGCCAUCGAAGGCUUCACUAGCAACCCGGCUAGUGUUGGAAAGUACGAUGGCGAAAUUAUCAUCAAAGUCAACGCUGAGAUAGAGUAUCUGGUCGACAACUUGGACAGCUUCAACGAGAAUUGGGUCGUGUCAGGAGACGAGCCUGAGCUUAGGGGCCUCGAAUUCACCGACCUGGUAGAACAAGGGCGGCAGCUGAAGCAGCUGUCUCGAGAAAUCGAACAGAAGAGUACGGCGUACAUGAAUACGUUGAUCCUCCAGAAGCACAUCAGCGAUUUCCGACUUGUGCGACAAGUUUCUGAGGAGACAGUACAAGCCUGGAAGCAGAUCGACAAGUCUCCAAAUUGGCAGAAGAAAAUGGCCGUCUUUUUGCCAUUCUACAAUCUCGACACGGCGAACAGAUGGUUUCCAAAGUGGCAGUCUUAUCUUAUUCGGCAGAAGAACGAUGCUAGAGAGACUCAAGAGGCAGCGGACGAAAUCGCUAACUUGGUACAUCGCCUGACAAGGGACUUCUCUGUCUUCUCUUUGCGGCUCGACAAUGUCUACGAUGAGUGCGAACACGCGUGUCAGAAUGAGAAGCCUCCGUUGUUCCAGACCAAGGAGGGGGCAUUCGCCGAAUGUAACUUCAAGAACGAGAAGCUGCUGCGCUCGAGUAUGGUCGUCGAUCGCGGCGCAAUGCCAGCACUCAUCAAUGAUGGGCUUAUGGCAUUUGCGCACAUGAAAGAGGUCUAUGAAAACUUCGCUGACCAUUUUGAUACGCUGUCAGAGCAAGCUGAGCUUGUACAAGAAAGUCUAAAGAAUAUGGGCAGUCGUGGCAGUACCGCCCGGUUCAAAACGUUCCUCGAGGCGUUUACGGGCUCUUCUGGAAUUACGUUGCCUUCGGAGUACGAUGCAGCAUCGAUCGUCACCCAUCCUAUUGGGGCGUCACAUUACGGCCCAGUUCUGCAUGCGAUGAACAACCAUCUUAGAGUUGGCAAUCCCCAGCUGCCGAGCACUGUCUAUACGAAUCUUGUCAGCGAAAGCUUCAACAACUUGGUGGAGUCCGCAUUCACAGAGUGGACGGGACGUCUUCACGACUCUGGAAUACCGGCGCUCCGGUAUUUUGACUUCAAGGAUGCUCUCGAGCACGCCCAUAACAUUCGCGAGAUCUCCCUCAGGAAUCUGAUAGAAGCAAGCAUCCGUCUCGACAACGAGCUCAUCACUUGGCUCAAUACCACACAGCAGAGCGCGGAAACCUUGCUGUCAGGUCUUCGAACCCCUAGUGAUGGUGAGAUCUCCACGCGCUACUUGGCCCGCAGCAAGAACUCUUUGUCGAACUUCCUCAAAAGCAUCACCACUCCACUUCAGAAGAUCCACAUGCAAGACGAGACUCUCCUCUUAGCCAUGAACGAAGUCUUGUACUUGAACGACAAACUGCUCUUCGAAUCAGCACGACUAUACUGGCGAUUGCAAGCUGUCACAAAGCAUGCAACGGCUGUUUGUGGUGUCCGCAUGGACAAGCUGAAACGGAUUGGCUACAGGAAUCGUGCUGUCGAAGAAUGCCUGGCACAGUACGUUUAUUUCAGGGAUUACCCGGGGCGUAGUAUGAUAGAAAAGCACACAGACGUGAAGAACAUUGUGGAGGAAUUCAAGAGUGCUUGGUUGCCAUUGACAAGGCAUAAUGCGAGAGCGAUUGAGGCUCUCGAGGAUUGGAAGGAUAUCAAUGGACGUGUCGAGGGACAUGUGCCCAUGACGGUGGAAUCACUGCCCAAGCUGGUGGACACGCUUCGCCGGGAAGCGUCGUGGAUCGUUCAGGAAUUGAACAAAGUGAGGCAGAAGACGUAG